AUGGAGGAAGCACCUCUGGAUCUAGGACCCGGUGAAAUGAUUAUGACCCUGACGGAAGUGACCACUGAGGACCUUGUUGAACAGGAAGUGGCCGUGGAGACAAACGGGGAGAGAAAGGAAGAGGAACAACGUCACACCAGGCGUCAUCGGAGGUACCAGCCCCCAGAUCCACUCAACUCGUCAACUCGUCUCCUGAGUGGCGCAGUGGUCUAAGGCGCCGCAUCGCAGUGCUAACUGUGCCACUAGAGAUCCUGGUUCGAAUCCAGGCUCUGUCGCAGCCGGCCGCGACCGGGAGACUCAUGGGCGAUGCACAAUUGGCCCAGCGUCGUGUAGGGGAGGGAAUGGCCGGCAGGGAUGUAGCUCAGUUGAUAGAGCAUGGCGAUUGCAACGCCAGGGUUGUGGGUUCGAUUCCCAUGGGGGGCCAGUAUUACAAACAAAAAAAUACAAAAAUAUGUAUUCACUAACUGUAAGUCGCUCUGGAUAAGAGCGUCUGCUAAAUGACUAAAAUGUAAAUGUAAAUGUAACUCAUUUCAGCUCCCCCAAGCCGACGAGAGGGAUGCAGCUCAACCUGAUGCUCACAGGAAGGAGGAUGAAGAGACCCUCUUUGCCAUGAGCCUGGUGCCAACCCUGAAGAGGCUGCCUCAGCAAAGAAAAGCAGCAGUCAAGGUUAAAAUUCAUCAGUUGCUUUUCGAAGCCGAGUUCAAUGGUACAUUUUGUUUUCUCCACUGGUAGUGUCAUAAGUAUUGCGACAGUGAAGUAAAGUAGGUCAUUUUUACAGUAUACUCAUGUAGGCUAACUGGUAUUUCAGAUUAAAGGAUUAUAUUGAGGCAAAUGUAUAGCUGUUGUUUCUGGGUUAGAAAAUAUCCUAAAACAACAGUUUUCUGUCUAAAUAUUUGCCUGUCAUAUUCAUCUUUUGAUCUGAAAUACAUAUUCCAUGAGUAAACAGCAAUAGUUACCAACUUUGCUCACUGUUCCAAUAUUUAUGCCACUAACUACACUAUACAAGCAGUAUUUAGUUAACAUAAAUCUCACCUUCUAUGGUUUUAUAUUAUGUAAUGCUUGUAUGUGUUGUUUUUCUCUUCCCUCCCAGAGAUGGAGUCAAUUUAGCCGACCAGCUCACAGGAAGGACAGGAAAUGGAGAGGAGUUGUCUGGUUGUUGUUUUGACCUCCCUCAUUGUACCUUUCCUUUCACACACAUCAGUUCCGUUUUAAAUUCAGUCAAUUCAUAAAGUCAUUUGUUUCUAAAGUCUUAGGAUAGCGUUCAUUAUUAGUGUUACAUAGAUUUCUGAAUUGACAGAAUUGAAACUCACACACCGGAUAAUACACAGAUGCUCUUGUUGGUCUCUUACAAGACUGAAGGUGAAUAUAUUUAUUUCAUUUCAAACCACUUGAAAACCAGGGUGUUGAAACUUUUUGUGAAGUUAUGUUCCAUCGACUGGUCUAUGACGUCCAGUGGCCAUUUGUUUCUUUAGCUGUGUUAUGGCUACAAAUUAUUUUAUUUAGAGACAGAGACACACACACACCUCUCCUCCACUCCUCUCUGUACCUCAGAUUUCCAGUGCCCUGCCCUCUCUCUCUUUAUGGCCAUGUCUGAAGUCCUGCUACUAUAUCUAGGCUUUAUGAGUAGUCCCUGUAUCUGUCUGCAGUUGUGCCAAAAAUACAUGCUCUUGUUGUUCUCUUACAGAUUACAGGCUACACAUUACUUUAGGUAUUUUUACACGCACAUACAUGCACACACACACCUCUUUCAAUAGUUGUUUUAUUUGUUGUAAAUGUUUUACAACACAUACCUGUCAUGUAAUUUCCUGUACUUGAAUAGUUAUUAAAUUAUAAAGUUUUCAUAGUCAGUUGUUUCUUUUGUUUAUUAAUAUCUAAUUUAGGCUUAAUCUGUUUAAUAUCCAGGGUGCCAUCCUGAAGUGCCUGGCUGAAGGUAGAGUCCCGGAGGGUCCCGCCAUCACUUCCCUUGCCGUAAGCACCAACAUCGACGACACGGAAACAGUAGUUGGCAUCUACAACAGUCAAGAGUACAACUGAAUAUGUACCCUUGUAGUUGUAGAAUUGCGAACCCGAGCACGGUGGAGCCUGGAUUACUACAUGUUUACCGUCAAUGGAGCCAAGACAGUUGGGGAAAUUCCACCUCACCAGGAACUCGGCAGCGAUGGCCCUCCAGUCUUCCUCCUUGGGGACAGGCAUGUAUUCACCAAAAAGACAGUCCCAAAUGGCUUGUUCCACAGAGGGGACAUUGCCUGCCACCGUGGACCAUCCAACUCAGAAGCUGAAUCUGAUGGUCCUGUAGGAGUCCCCUGUCACCAAGAAUCUGAAAUAUAAUUAUAAAUAUUGUGUGUAACUUGAAUUCCACCCACAUAUUCUAUAUACUCAUAUAGCUACCUCAUUACUGUUUAUUAUGCUCUACUAAUUAUAUUGUAAUACUCAUCAACUAUCAUUAACAAUGCCUUGAAACAGUACAAUUCAGUCUAUGACUGUAUCAAUAAACUGUAGCCCAGGCCAACUCUACUCUUCGAAAAAAAGGUUAUAUCUAGAACCUAAAAGGGUUCUCCGGCUGUCCCCAUAGGAGAACCCUUUGAAGAACCCUUUUUGGUUCCAGGUAGUACCCUUUUUGGUUCCAGGUAGAACCCUUUUGGUUCCAAGUAGAACCCUAUUGUGUUCCAUGUAUAACCUUUUCCCCAAAGGGUUCUACCUGGAACCAAAAAGGGUUCUACCUGGAACCAAAAAGGGUUAUCCUAUGGGGAAAGCAGAAGGACACUUUUGGAACCCUUUUUUCUAAGGGUGUACAUGAUUCCAAUAAGAAUGUAAUGAAUGACUGUAACUGUCUUGACCAACAAGAGGUCCUGGAGAAGACUAGCCUACCUUCAUCAGGGCAGAAGGCACCCCAACUUCCUUUUCAUUUGGUAACAUUGCAUCAUUAAAAAAUGAUUUUAAACCAACUUUGGAAAGGUUAUAGUCCUAAUGAACGUUCUGUAAAUGUCACAUAGGGGCUAUUAACUAGAGAGCCCUUUUGCUAGCUAGGUUGCACAUAAAAUAUAUCUAAUAUCAAUCAAUUACGGUAUCAAAGGUUUUAAAAAUUUACUAGAGACAAAUCGUCAGGCGUUCAACUGGGCUGAUGUACUCCCGGUAGUUGGUAUCCAUCCGGGCGAUCCUGGCUUCAACCAUCUGGAGCAGGUGAUCGAACUGGCUUCGGUCCAGACUAAAGUAACUUCGGAAUUCCUCUCCAAACAGUCGAAGACGGUGGAACUCCCCUGCCUGCUUUUGGGACUUAAACCGUCUCUGGACCCACACUGACCUGUGCUUUCGGCUGAGCUGGUCCCGGCCCAACAGCGUGAUCAACACCGCCUUCCUCAACGUUGGUCUCAUUGUUGAAAGAGCCUACUCUCUGCUACCUUGACUAUUUAUUAUUGCAUUUCGCUCCAAAACUAUGCAUUUUGGAGGGAAAUUAUAUUAUAGGCUCUCACAAUUUCGCUACACCCGCUAUAACAUCUGCUAAACACGUGUAUGUGACAAAUAACAUUUGAUUUGAUUUGGAAUAAAUUUUUAGAUGUCAUCGAAUAACUAAUAUGUAUGCUACUUGGCAAAUAAAUGAAUAAAAAAUGUAAAGAACUUCUGCAGUCAAACUGUUUUUAUUAUGUAAUCCCACAUUUCUUUUACUGGAUAUGUGUGCAACAAAAAUUCAACAUUCACAUUUUGCUACUUUUGCGGCAGGCAGGCAGGCAGGCAGGUCCCUCUCUCCCUGCCAGCCAGCCCAUCACCCUGACCCACUUAACACAGAGGAACAGGGAGAGAACAAG